AUGGAGGCCAUGACCUUGAGGGAACAUUAUAAGAAGCCGGUGCAGCCAGCACCUUUUCAGUUUCUGUCCACUCCUGAAAGUGACGCCUGGUGGGCAGAUCCAGACCCCACAGCUCAGAGAAGCCACUAAAGAGACCAUAGAGAGAAGGCAGGCUCUCGGGUGGAAAUCUUUUAUCAGAUUUUGCUUGAGGAAAUCAAAGCCAACGGGUCCACAAAUGGAGUCACAAAUCAAGGGCCUUCCAGCUGUUCCAGCUCAAACAGCCCAGGGAGAGCCAAGAAGCUCAUGGGAACAGACACUUCCAUCACUGAAAAAGGAGAACCAUAUGGUGAAAUGCAGAAACUGUGGGGGCUUUGGCCACAAUGUAAGAAGCAGAAUGUGCCCCAUGAAGCAAGGCCAUGUGCUCCUAGUCUCCCAGCCUCUGGGAGCCAGGAAGGAGAAAGAGAAUGGGGAUCCUUGCAGGCCCCAUGGUCUACAGAAACUCAGUCAAGACACCAGACAGAGGUUUGAUGAGCAGCAGAGGAAAGCUCCCUUCCAGAAAUUUCCAAUGAAGCCGCAAAAGGGGGACCAGCAGGUCAACUUGGCUCAGCCACGGAUGCCAAGCAUCCCUGGGAUCAGAAAGAGGAGUGCAUCUCCAGUCAAAACAUCUCUUGGGAAGCAGAUGUGCCCUGGAAAACCUGUCCUCCAAUGCUUUGACAGCUCCUACAUCUUACAUUCCAGGCAGAAGGAAGGUCGGAGGAUGGCUGUUGCUGGUGUUGCCAAGCUAGUGCUCAGGCAGGAUGGAAGAAACUCGGCCUCAGAAGAGCUACUGGAUCAAAAGGGUACCUCAUGUCAACACCCAGUUGCUGUCCCCAAAAGUAAUGCAAGCAGUGAACUGUUCCACAAAGAGCCGAAAGCCCAGGGUCCCAGUAGGAAAACGCAGCCCAGCCAGCAUCCUGUCAUCCACCAGAAUAGACAAAACCCCAAACUCAGCUUUGGGGCCCCAGGUAAGGAAGCUUCCUGGUGCCCCACACAGCCUAGCCAGAAUCCUCUGAAGAAACAAAGACUUAACUCUACAGAUGCACCAGAGAAGAGCCAUGCAAGGACUGGUUCCAAGGGCACCCUGGACAGUCAGUCUCCUCCCAUUGCCAACAGACUUGGACUGAAAGGUGCAAAUGAAAUGAGCAAGAAAAUAACAGCCCAGGAUCCCAGCACUGACCAACAACAGCUAUAUAGCAGGGCUGCUCUGUUCGCAACCAGACCCUGUAUAGAGUUCCACAGGGCAUCCGCUGGCCGUGUUGCAGACCAAGCCCUGAGAAUGAUCUUCACCAGACACGGUAGUAACUGCUGGAGCUCCAGGUUCCUGUCAGUGCCCCCACCACUUCCCCUUGAGAAGCAAACACCUCCUUCGGAGAGCCCUACCUUCCCUGAGGAAGGAGAGGUAGCAGGAUCACAGGUCAAAGUGAGCAUCCUCUAUGAGGACCUUCAGGUCUCCUCCUCCUCCUCAGAGAACAGUGAUGGAGAAUGAGCUGCCACAUGAAGAGCAGACACCAACACCACCACCACCACCCCCCCACUCAGACUGGCCAAAUUCUUUCAGACUGAUCCUCUCCCGAAUUAACCUGGUAGAUGACAUGACUGUAUCAUGUCAGGGUACUUCCAAAUGAGCACUCCUAUAGUGGGUUGGGACCACAUCCCUUUCCUCUCUUUGCAACUAGCCUCACCUCAGCAUGAUCUCUGGACUCUGAGGUAUGCCUCUAAGAAGCACUCUGAAGGUCACCUGUCCUCUCCACUCUUGUCAUCAGUGACCUCUAGUAUGUCCUUUCAGCUACUUUAAUGUUCAAAACUAUCUGUCAGUUGUCCUAUUUUAUGAGCUUUUCUAUUUUCACCAAUAAAGUUACCUUAGAAAUU